AUGUACAAGACCAUUUAUCGUUUCCGCGUGCGAGUGGAAGGAAAUGCUAUCCAAUUUCCUUUACAUCUUUGUAUUUAUCAAAACGAGGUGCUCAAGUUUAAUGAUCUCUUUGACAAGAUGCGCAAUGCAGCGUCAAAAGAGGACAUUAAUAUGAGCGAUUACUACAUCACGACCGAAAAGAGCAACACGCAGCAAGGUGGCGCCAUGCUGCAUGACGAUCAAUCACUGCGUGAUGCAUUAAAUGCGGUGUCCGAGCGACAUUAUAUGGAAUUGGUUUUACGUAACAAAAGAGCAAGAACAUUAUCCCCACCAUUGCCAACAUGGCGUCGAGAAAGCGUAUCUUCUUUUCCAGUACACCCGCGACAAGCUUCUAAUGAUGUCCCGGUGAUUAAGCCGAAUGCUUUCAGGUGGUCUCCGGUACAUAAUACGGAAAUGCGGCUAGGCCGAUAUUCUCUAGACGCAACACAUGACACCGACGGCACGAAUGAUGACUCUUUCUCCUUAACAUCGUCUAUUCGCAAAGAUUCCGGUAUUUCGCUUGGAGAUAGUUCGGAGAUGACCAAGAUGGACAUUGACAGUGAUGUUGCCUUCAAAACACUCAAAUUACCUAAUAUCCACCAAACACCCGAAGAACAACAACAACAUCGAUCCUCCUUGUUCGAGUCGCCGCCUAUUAUACAUCCGCUUGACCUCCGCCGUACAUCAACGACUAUGCCUCCUUCACCAUCAUUGUCAUUAGGUGCCCCUAUCAAAUUACCAGCAAUUACAUCGUUGACCAAACCGAAUCAGCAAGAUGACCAUCAUCAUCAUCAUCAUCCAUCAUCAUCACCAUCUUCCUCUUCUCAACUAGCACCUAUUCACCGCCACUUUUCAUACGACGACAUUCGCACUCCACCUCAGACACCAUCCUCCUCCUCCCAUAGUGCCAAAUCACCACCACCACCUCCCCUAUCUCCAUGCAACCCUGGCAGUAGUAACAGCAGCAAUAGUAGUGGUAGUAGUCAUAGCAACAUCAGCUAUCACCGCCAUCCUGCAUUUACUUUUGCAGGGACAUCAUCACCCAACUCAGCCAUGAUCCCUGUUGCUGGUACUUCCAGUAGUAGUAUGCGUCGAGUAUCCAAAUGCAAGUCAUCUAGUGGUUCAGCGCCUGGUCAAUUUCUUUGUGAACAUCUUGUGGAUCCUGCAUCAGGUCGUAUUUGUGGUCAAACGUUUCGCCGUUCUUAUGAUCUAUCAAGGCAUCAAUCGAUUCACAUGAAGAAUCGUCCCUUUUGUUACUGCUCACAAUGCGGAAAGAAAUUCACUCGUAUGGAUGCUCUUCGCCGUCAUGAACGUGUACAAGGUCAUAAUGCCAACAAACGUCAUCAUACAACAACCGGUCAGGAUCGUCAUCAUCAUCGAGCUCUGCCUCAUCAACAAAUGGUAUAG